AUGCCCACCAUGCAAAAAGUGCGCCUAAAGCAGAAAAAGGCGCCUUCAACUGCCACUACAUUACAGUCCAACGAAGAAGCUUUCUUCAUUGAUACCCAGGACGCUCUAGAAGGCGAUCAUGCCAGUGAAAGUGGGAGUGAUCGUGAUGAACCAAUGCCUAAAGACGAGACGGAGGAGAAGCUGGAACGAUUGCUUUUCGGCGAUGCGAACGGGUUCCAUGAUGCGUUGAGGGAACAUGAUGCUGAGGGCAUGGAGCUGGUGCUUGCGGGGGGUAGUGGCAGUGAAGGCGCACAGGAAAAGGGAGAGGGAGGGGGGGAGGAGGAGGGUCUGGAAGGGGUUGAUGAUGCGGAUCUCUUCUUCCUAGAUUCUGGCUCCGCUGUUGCCGAUGACGUCCAGUUUCAUGUGACGCAGGAUACAGCAGACGGCCAGCAUGAAAAUGAACCCCCGGCCGCAUGGGAGGAUAGCGACGAUGAGCGAAUCACCAUCUCUCUAGCUGGGAAUAAUCGGCUGAGAAAGCUACGGGUAUCCGAAGCGGAUGACCUGGUUACGGGCUCGGAGUAUAUACGGCGGCUGCGCAAGCAGUUUGAGCGGCUACAUCCUGCUCCCGCGUGGGCGAAUUCGUCCAGCGCAACGGGUGGGAGAAGUUCGAAGAGGCAGAAGACGGGAGCUCAGAAGUCCGAUGUAGAGAGCGUUUCCGGUUCUGACCAGAUGGAUACGGAUGAAGAGGAGGAGAUGUCUCUGCAGCCGUUGGCACGGUUGUUGCAGAAUGCUGGCAAUCUUACGAGAGGAGAGGAUACGGCUAAAAGCGGCGGGAAGCGGAAACUCCGCCAGGAGGUGCUGGACGUACAACGGAUGAAGGAUGUUGGUCGGGGCCAACCUUCUUCUGUCGACUCCCUCUCCUUCCACCCACACUAUCCCCUCCUCCUCUCCUCCGGCCCUGCCUCCACCCUAUUUCUACACCACAUCUCUCCCAAAUCGGCCUCACCAAACCCCCUCCUCACCUCCCUUCACAUCCGCCGCACCCCGCUUCAUACAAGCACCUUCUCUUCGCUCACAGGAAACCAAAUCUACUUCUCCGGCCGCCGCCGUUACUUCCACAUCUGGGACCUGGACACAGGAAAAGUGGAAAAGAUCAACAGCCCCCCCGACCGCAAAGAAGAGCAAAAGUCCAUGGAACGCUUCAAACUCUCUCCAUGCGGUCGGUGGAUGGGUGUUAUCGGCAGCACACGCAAGGGUGGCGGCAUCGUAACUAUCCUCAGUACCACAACGCUGCAGUGGGUUGCGCAGGUGCGGGUCGACAGCCAUAAUGGCGUGGCUGAUUUUGCGUGGUGGAGUGAUGGGCAGGGAAUGUGCGUUGUUGGCAAGAACGGGGAGGUUAGCGAGUGGGAUGGGAGGCAGAGGCGGAUUGUUGCGCGCUGGGUUGAUGAGGGUGCUGUGGGGGCUACAGUUAUUGCGCUGGGUGGGAAAUCGGGGUGGGCGCAGAUUGGUGGGGAUAGGUGGGUGGCUGUGGGGAGUUCGAGUGGGAUUGUGAAUAUUUAUGAUCGGAGGCCGUGGGCAGCUGCCGUGGCGGCGGUGGAGGUUGGUAGGAAGACGAAAGGGAAGAAUUUUGAGGUGGAUACCCAUGAUGAUGGUGUUGGUGAUGGCGAGGAAGGGCGGGGUGGGAUUCUGCGCAAUCCUAUACCUACGCGCAUGCUUGAUCAGCUAACGACGCCGACGAGCCAUCUUGUGUUUUCCGCAGAUGGGCAGUUGCUUGUCAUGGCUAGUCGGUGGAAGAAGGAUGCGUUGAGAUUGAUUCAUCUCCCGUCAUGCACUGUGUAUAAGAAUUGGCCGACGUCCAACACACCUUUCGGACGCAUCUCUGCAGUUGCAAUUGCUCCGACUUCGGAUAUGUUGGCUGUCGCGAACGAACAGGGGAAGAUACGACUGUGGGGGAUUCAUGGCUAG